GCGUAUUCCAAUAUUCCAAUACUUCGCCUGCAACAAACUCGGAUCGACUUUAUUGUCUUCGACAUUCUACAUCCAGCGUCACCUCCUAUACUCUAAACAGUAAAACAAAAUGUAUCGUUUCUCCUUGGUUAUCUGCUGGGCGAUGAUGGCCGCAACGGCCAUGAGUGGGGUCUCGGCCUUCGUCGUCCCAACGUCUCCGGUAGCAUCCGCGGCCGCGAGAUCAUCCUCGAGCACCCUGUCUAUGGUAGACCCAACGAUAGCUUCUUCCGUCGCCGAAAGCGUCGGUGUUGCGAUUUCAUCCGGUAGCGGAAUGUUGUUGGCGGAAACCGAGGCCUGGGUAAAACCCACCGCGACGGUAUUGGGACCAUUCUUGAACUUUAUGGUAAGGGAUCGCUGAUGAUGAUCUGUGAGAGCGGGGCGUUUUCAGAUUGAUCGAUUCCCGGCGAUCGUAUGCAGAUACUUCCACUCACAGUCUGGAACAUUUUUGUUAUGCAUUGUUUUCUUUCCUUUCAUUUUAGUCCUUCGCUAUGGUAGGUUGAAUUCUCCGUUACAAUUGAUUUUCGAUCAUCAGUUUUGUUCAUAUUUCUUCCUUUCCUAUUCAAACUGCUUGACUUCUCCAAUGAUGUCGAAAAAUGCGGGCUGCACUGUUCAAUUUCUUGGUUUUCGAUGAAUUCUUGGACCCAAUUUUGCGGUACUGGUAAUUUCUUGAUUUUGGAUUGGCUUGCCUUGACUUCUCCUACUCAUUGCUCGUUCAUUCUCUUUUUGAUGUUGUUCUUAAUCUAGUUGUGCCGCGUGGUUGCAUCGUGGUACCCCGAUACCAACCUGAAUGAAUUCCCCUGGGCUGUCGUGGCCUGGCCAUCGGAACCCUUGUUGAGACUGGCAAAGGGUAAGAUUCCUCCCGCCUUCGGCGUUGAUAUCACACCCGUAUUCUGGCUCGCUAUUUUCACAUUCAUCAACGAAAUCUUGCUAGGACAACAGGGGCUAUUGGUCAUGAAGAUGAAGUACGGGAUCUAAGUUGUCGAGACAAUACUUGAUGAUUUUAUCGAACGAAGAACGGAAGCACGGACGACUCGACAAAUAUACUCGGAACACAAUAAUACUACAAAUGCUACGUCAGACUUGGAUCGAUCCGAUUGUUUUACCAAAGGAGCGGAAGCUCGCCAUCAUUGCAUUGCUAAUCAAACUACAGUAUACGCCAAACCACACCACCAGGCUUUGCUUGAAUUUAUAUUGACUAGGUUUUCUAUGAAUAGCCAAGAUUUAUUCUUGAAGUGAAGAUUAGCCCUGUGAAUGCUGAUGCACGAUAGCAAGCAAUUGGCAUUGGUGCGAUCUGAUGACUGCACUAGGAUUCUAAAUUCCAAUUAUUUCGCUUUCGAGCCCAAAGUUCGGAGACUUGCUCCAAAACACUUCACCGUCUCCUCCAAGAAUUGCGAUCCGCUCCCUACCUUACAAACCCCACCUUUCAGCGCCAGAUUGUAGCCGAUGGAUUCUUCGUCGGGGAAUGCUUUCAAUGUAUGCGUAUCGGCAAAGAGGAGAGUGCAUUGUUCGGAUUCCAGCACCUGAAGGGUGGCCUCGGCUCGCUGGGAUGGAACGCCACACCCACGAAUGCCCCCCACCGCUGGCAAAACAAUCGUGGCGCCUUCCUUCAAAGCUGAACACACCGCCGAUCCCAUCCCAAAGGCGUGGCAAAGCGUAAUAGCGAUGCAGACGGAGUCUUCCUCGACCAUUGCCACUUCCCAGGCAGCAUCUGCUCCCAGUUCUAAAGCCUCUUCGUUCGUGAACGGUUUCGUGCUGUUGUAAUAGGCAUGCGGCGGCAAUUUUUUGGUGUUUUCGUCUUCGUCACCGCAAGCAAAAUCUUGUUCAUUGUCUUCGAGAUCAAAUUCGUCCAACCCGAACAAACCGCUGAUUUCAUCACUACUAUUCGUCGUGCCGUGAAUCAGAUCCAACAAGAAAUCCCCACCUAAAUAUGGCAGGGACAAGCUUGUUUCGGCUAGGAACCCAGUCCCGGUGGCGGACACUGCGCCUUUCACUUUGGUCAGUUUUGCCAUCCCCUCCAAUCCUUUUGCAGUCGCAUAGCUGACACCAAUCCUGUUACAGGCAAUCUGCAGCAUGAGAUUUUCGGCCACGUUCGGCAAAUCGCUCAUCAUUACAUCGUUUUUUUCGUAGCCGUACGCCCUAAGAAACCCAGCCAAGCGAUUUGUUUUGUCUCGAAAGUCGCCGUAAGUAUAGCGAUCGAGAUUAAGGCUUUCAUUCAUACCUCUGCUAUCGGUUGUCGUAACUGUUUGCAUCAGUGCUUCGGGCGACGCAGAAACAAGGGCGACUCGAUCGGGGAUUCGCAAAGCUGUCGCAUCCAGUGCUGCUGCAAUGGUCUUGAUAGCCAUUCGGGACGCCAUGGUGGAAAAUGGUAUAUCGUCAUACACUGCAUGCACGUAGUAUUGUGAUUUGCGUGGUUAAACCGAUGUUGCGUAUCAACAGCGACGGUAGUUUGAACGUUUUUGAAAGAACCUUCCUUCUCCGCCCGAUAACAAUCACAUC